GGACGGCUCCGCGUUAGUGCGUCGUUAACAAUAUCCCGCUGUUUAGCGAUCGAUUUAGCAGGUGGUUUCGAUACGGCCUAUAAAAGUGGGAGCGCCGCUUCCUUGUUUCUUAGUUCCACUUAGAUAACCGAAUACAUACCAUUACGUUUCGCGGCCGCCAUUUACGAGAAUGGGCUUUGUUCUUCUUUCCCUUAGCUUGCUCUGCCUGCUGAACAACAACGCGGCCCUCUGCGACGAAUGCGAACGCGCCGCCGACGAGGCCGCGGCGGAAUCCGCUUCAGAAUCCGCGGCUCCAAUCACCGGGAUCGUCCCGCGGGUCGAAGGGCAAACCGUCGAAGGGCAGACCGUUAGACGCGAAUUAUGCUCCGACGUCUCGUCGGACGCUUCGACCGCAAACCCCGUCGUCGACGACGACGAAACGUUCGCGUCGAGCCGCCGAACGAUGCGGACCGCCGAAGUGGAAGCGAUCAGCCGCGAGCCGUUGAUCAUAGAUCUAGGAAACAUUCCGUACGGUCGUCUGAGACGAUCCGAUUCGAACGAGCUUACAGAUAGCGCGGCGGCCGAGCAGGAGGACGAGUCCGAGCCGAGCGAGGACGACGACUCGAGCGAGGACCCGACGGCGGAUCGAGGGUCCGAGGAGGAUCCGGCAACGAAUGUUCGCGAGGAGAGGAACCUGGACUCCGACGAGAUGCUCGACGGUGUCGAACAGGACCGAGGACGGACGCUGGACGGCUGGUAUCGUCGUCGGAGCCCGUUUACGGAACGAAGAUCACCGAAUUGAAUCUCACGAGCCUCGACCUCGACCUCUCGACCUCCUCGCCGGCGUGCAGGAUUGCGUAGGACGUUCCGCGGGGGACCCACGGAACUUCGAGAGGAUCAACGCGGUUCACCGUUUUUAACGAACGGAAUAACAAAUAUCGAUUGAAGUCAGCACGCAACGAGUCGCUUCGCGGAACAAUUGUUACUCUCGCCCCUCCCGCGUCCACGGAACCACGGAGUGGGAUGAAGAUCGAAGACGAUCGGUGGGGUAGCAGCGGUAGUGGUGGUGGUGGUGGUGGGGGAAAGGAUGAGCUCGCGAGUGAACGUUCCUCGUGGUCGCCGUAGGAUCGAGGAACCGUCGAAUACAUAUACAUAUAUUAUGAAAGCUCGGUUGUACCAAACAAAUUGAUUUAUUUCCUCCAGUUUAUGCCAGUUAUUCGUCGGUGUCUCUUGAAUAAAUAGCUUCGUUAGCUCGUGUAAAAACUUCUCUCGAAAAUAAUGAACGGUCUCUGGGACCGUGUCAAAGUUA